AUGAUUCUCAAGUUCUUGUUUCUUGGUCUGUGCUUUAUCCCAGCUGGUUUUCUUGAGACGGUCCCAUCUGUCCUCACUAGUGUGGAAGGAAGUGAUGAGGAGUCCCAUAUUGAUGGUGCUGCAUCUCUUGCUGUGACUGAAGACUCUACCCAUGUGGAAGCUGUACCAUCCCUUGAGAGGGUUGAAGAAUCACCUCAUGAGCAAAUUUUGGGUGCUGAAAACUCACUUCAUCCAUUUGAAGCACAUGCUUUUGCAGUAAAUCAUGUGGGGAAUGAGCAAUAUUUACAAAAGUAUGCACCCCAAGACUCUGAAACGCAUCAUGGGGGGAACCAACAAGCAUUGGAAACCCAUGGGGAUAAGGCUCUAUCCAAGCCUUUGGAUUUGGAAGAAGGUUAG